AUGUCCCGUGGUGAAGCGCAACACGCGCCGCCGCUGCAAGUCCCUGAAAUAUCCCAGACAGAUCUUUACUCCUUCCACGAAGCUCAUUUCUCCCACGAUGCCUUGAACCAUUUCAAGGCUCAAUUCUUCACUCAGCCUGGUGUCCAUGAAGCUCAAGAAGAGGCCGCGGACCAGGACUAUGAAUACCUGGAAGAGGAAGAUGAUGAUGGGCUUGGUUACUACGAUGAUGGUGUGAAGCGAACCUUGACGGACGAACAAAUCGCCAUGUUUCGACAUUCGGAAAUCGAAGCUCUUCGUCGAGCGCAAGCCAUAUCCUCGUCUGCUCGCAAGGCUUCAACACCUCUCCAUACUAAUGCGGACGAUCAAGACCUGGAGGCUUCCGAUGCCAUGGAGCAACUUUCCGAAGGCGAGGUGUCGACCCCCCAGAUGGAGCGACAGGCGGAUGCACCAAAAAAGAAGAAGAAGAAACGAGGCAAGGGCAAAAGCAAAGAUCCGGGUCCAAAGAUCGAUCUUCGAAAGAGGACUUGGGAUGUCGUAGAUACAGGUUUGGGCAGCCUAGACUACGACGAGGCCGAGACACCUCAGGCAAAGACAGCCAAUGCCCCUCAACGGCGACGCAUUUCUUAUGAUGAUGACUGA